AUGCAAACAGAAUCUCAAACAACGAAGUUACGGAGUACGAAAACAACGGUUACAAGCGUUGCAACUCCAGAAGCAACAAACACAGAACGAACGACUAUCGAACCAAAGACAGCGAAUACGGAACCAACAACUACAGAACCAACAACUACAGAAGCAACAACUACAGAACCAACAACUACAGUACCAACAACAACAGAACCAACAAAUACAGAACCAACGACAACAGAACCAACAACAACAGAACCAACAACUACAAAACCAACAAAACCAGAACCAACAACUCCAGAACCAACAACAACAGAACCAACAACUACAAAACCAACAAAACCAGAACCAACAACUCCAGAACCAACAACAACAGAACCAACAACUACAAAACCAACAACUACAGAAUCAACAAUUACAGAACCAACAACUACAGAACCAACAACUAAAGAACCAAAAACUACCGAACCAACGACUACAGAACCAACGACUAUAGAACCAACGACUACAGAACCAACAACAACCGAACCAACAACUACAGAACAAACAACUACCGUACCAACAACUACAGAACCAACAACUACAGACCCAACAACAACAGAACCAACAACUACAGAAACAACAACUAGAGAACCAACGACUACAGAACCAACAACUAUAGAACCAACAACUACAGAACCAACAACUAGAGAACCAACAACUAAAGAACCAACAACAACAGAACCAACAACUAGAGAACCAACAACUAAAGAACCAACAACAACAGAACCAACAACUACCGAACCAACAACUAGAGAACCAACAACUACACAACCAACAACUACAGAACCAACAACCACAUACCUAACACCUACAGAACCAACAACCACAGAACCAACAAAUACAGAACCAACAACCACAGAACCAACAAAUACAGAACCAACAAAUACAGAACCAACAACCACAGAACCAACAACUACAGAACCAACAACCAUAGAACCAACAACCACAGAACAACCAACAACUAGAGAACCAACAACUAAAGAACCAACAACAACAGAACCAACAACUACAAAACCAACAAAACCAGAACCAACAACUCCAGAACCAACAACAACAGAACCAACAACAACAGAACCAACAACAACAGAACCAACAACUACAAAACCAACAAAACCAGAACCAACAACUCCAGAACCAACAACAACAGAACCAACAACUACAAAACCAACAAAACCAGAACCAACAACUCCAGAACCAACAACAACAGAACCAACAACUAGAGAACCAACAACUAGAGAACCAACAACUACACAACCAACAACUACAGAACCAACAACCACAUACCUAACACCUACAGAACCAACAACCACAGAACCAACAAAUACAGAACCAACAACUACAGAACCAACAACUAGAGAACCAACAACUAGAGAACCAACAACUAAAGAACCAACAACAACAGAACCAACAACUACAGAACAAACAACCACAGAACCAACAACUACAGAACGAACAACUACAGAACCAACAACUAGAGAACCAACAACUAGAGAACCAACAACUAAAGAACCAACAACAACAGAACCAACAACUACAAAACCAACAAAACCAGAACCAACAACUCCAGAACCAACAACAACAGAACCAACAACUUCAGAACAAACAACUACCGAUUCAACAACCACAGAACCAACAACCACAGAACCAACAACUAGAGAACCAACAACUAAAGAACCAACAACAACAGAACCAACAACUAGAGAACCAACAACUAAAGAACCAACAACAACAGAACCAACAACUACAAAACCAACAAAACCAGAACCAACAACUCCAGAACCAACAACAACAGAACCAACAACUACAGAACAAACAACCACAGAACCAACAACUACAGAACAAACAACAACCGAACCAACAACUACAGAACCAACAACUACAGAACCAACAACCACAUACCUAACAACUACAGAACCAACAACCACAGAACCAACAACCACAGAACCAACGACUACAGAACCAACAACUACAGAACCAACAACUACAGAACCAACAACUACAGAACCAACAACUACAGAACCAACAACUACAGAACCAACAACUACAGAACCAACAACUACAGAACCAACAACUACAGAACCAACAACUACAGAACCAACAACUACAGAACCAACAACUACAGAACCAACAACUACAGAACCAACAACUACAGAACCAACAACUACAGAACCAACAACUACAGAACCAACAACUACAGAACCAACAACUACAGAACCAACAACUACAGAACCAACAACUACAGAACCAACAACUACAGAACCAACAACUACAGAACCAACAACUACAGAACCAACAACUACAGAACCAACAACUACAGAACCAACAACUACAGAACCAACAACUACAGAACCAACAACUACAGAACCAACAACUACAGAACCAACAACUACAGAACCAACAACUACAGAACCAACAACUACAGAACCAACAACUACAGAACCAACAACUACAGAACCAACAACUACAGAACCAACAACUACAGAACCAACAACUACAGAACCAACAACUACAGAACCAACAACUACAGAACCAACAACUACAGAACCAACAACUACAGAACCAACAACUACAGAACCAACAACUACAGAACCAACAACUACAGAACCAACAACUACAGAACCAACAACUACAGAACCAACAACUACAGAACCAACAACUACAGAACCAACAACUACAGAACCAACAACUACAGAACCAACAACUACAGAACCAACAACUACAGAACCAACAACUACAGAACCAACAACUACAGAACCAACAACUACAGAACCAACAACUACAGAACCAACAACUACAGAACCAACAACUACAGAACCAACAACCACAGAACCAACAACCACAGAACCAACAACCACAGAACCAACAACUAAAGAACCAACAACUACAGAACCAACAACCACAGAACAAACAACUACAGAACCAACAACUACAAAACCAACAACCACAGACCUAACAACUACAAAACCAACAACUACAAAACCAACAACCACAGAACCAACAUCCACAGAACAAACGACUACCGAACCAACAACUACAGAACCAACAACCGCAGAACCAACAACCUCAGAACCAAAAACAAGAGGACCAACAACCACAAAACCAACAACUACAGAACCAACAACCACAGAACCAAUAACCACAGAACCAACAACUACAGAACAAACAACCACAGAACCAACAACUACAGAACCGACAAUUAGAAAACCAACAACUACAGAACCAACAACCACAGAACCAACAAAAAGAGAACCAACACCCACAGAACCAACAACUACAGAACUAACAACCACAGAACCAACAACUACAGAACCAAUAACCAUAGAAUCAACAACCACAGAACUAACAACCACAGAACAAACAACCACAGAACCAACAACUGCAGAACCAACAAUUAGAAAACCAACAACUACAGAACCAACAACUACAGAACCAACAACUACAGAACCAACAAUUACAGAACCAACGACUACAGAACCAACAAUAUCAGAACCAAUAACUACAGAACCAACGACUACAGAACCAACAACUAUAGAAUCAACAACUACAGAACCAACAACUACAGAACCAACAACUACAGAAUCAACAACUACAGAAUCAACAACCACAGAACCAGCAACCACAGAACCAACAACUACAGAACCAACAACUACAGAACCAACAAUUACAGAAUCAACAACUACAGAAUCAACAACCACAGAACCAACAACUACCGAACCAACAACUAUAGAAUCGAUAACCACAGAACCAACAACUACAGAAUCAACAACCACAGAACCAACAACUACAGAACAAACAACUACCGAACCAACAACUACAGAACCAACAACUACAGAACCAACAACCACAGCACCAACGACUAAAGAACCAACAACUACAGAAUCAACAACCACAGAACCAACAACUACAGAAUCAACAAUUACAGAACCAACAACUACAGAAUCAACAAACACAGCACAAACAACUACAGAACCAACAACUACAGAAUCAACAACCACAGAACCAACAACUACAGAACAAACAACUACCGAACCAACAACUACAGAACCAACAACUACAGAACCAACAACCACAGCACCAACGACUACAGAACCAACAACUACAGAACCAACGACUACAGAACCAAUAACUACAGAACCAACAACUACAGAACCAACGACUACGGAACCAACAACUAGGGAACCAACAACUACAGAACCAACAACUACAGAACCAACAACUACAGAACCAACAACCACAGAACCAACAACCACAGAACCAACAACUACAGAACCAACAACCACAGAACCAACAACUACAGAACCAACAACCACAGAACAAACAACUACAGAACCAACAGCUGCAGAACCAACUACGGCUACAGCCAUGACUCUCUCGACCACCAACUAUACCGACUUCAGCAACUGUACCUCCUACGACUACAACUGUACCUCCUACGACUACAACUGUACCUCCUACGACUACAACUGUACCUACUACGACUACAACUGUACCUCCUACGACUACAACUGUACCUCCUACGACUACAACUGUACCUCCUACGACUACAGCUGUACCUACUACGACUACAACUGUACCUCCUACGACUACAACUGUACCUCCUACGACGGCAACAACUGUACCGACGACGGCAACAACUGUACCGACGACGGCAACAACGGAUGUUCCGACCACGGCAACAGUAACUGUACCGACCACGGCUUCAACAACUGUACCGCCUAUGACUACAACAACUGUACCGACCACGGCAACAACUGUACCGACCACCGCACCAACAAAAGUUUCAACAGCAGGCAAGAAACAACCGAAGUCCUGUCAGAAAUUAAGCAUGGACAGACAGCAAUAAAGUCGACAACACAGUCAGCAACUACAUUCGAGACAACAACAAAGUCUAAAACUGCAUUUGAAUCGACAACAGACUCUUCAGCUGCAAAAAAGCAGACAACACAGUCUGCAACACAGUCAACUACUCAGUCAACAACUUCAAUAAUGCCGAAAACGCAGGCCUCAACUACAGAAGAAUCAGCAACCACUAUAGAUCCGACCACACGGCCCACAACUACGAAAGCGACUACACAGCCCACCACAACAAUAGGAAAGGCAACACAAUCCACAACUACAACAGAACCGACAAUACAGUCCACAACAACGAAUAAGCAGACAACACAAUCUACAACAACACUUGAAGCGACAACACAGUCCGAAGCUACAAUAGAACCAACAUCACAAUCCACAGAUACAACACAACCGACAAUACAGUCCACAACUACAAAACAACGGACAACACAGUCCAAAACUACAAAACAACCGACAAUACAGUCCAAAACUACAAAACAACCGACAACACAGUCCAAAACUACAAAACAACCGACAACACAGUCCACAACUACAAUAGAUGCGACAACACAGUCCACAACUCCAAAACAACCGACAACACAGUCCACAACUACAAAAGAACCGACAACACAGUCAACAACACUGUCCAAGAAUACAAAAGUACAGACAACAUAUUCCACAACUUCAUUAGAACCGUCAACAGAAUCCAUAGCUACAAAAAAACAGACAACGCAGUUCACAACUAGAAUAGAACCGACAAUACAGUCGUCAGCUACAAAACAACCGACAACACAGUCUACAACUCCGAGAGAACAGACAGCACAGUCAACAAAUACAAAAGAGCCGUCAACAACUUCCAAACAACCUACAACACAGUCCACAGCGACAACAUCGACAACACAGUCAACAACUACAAUAGAAACAACAAAUCAGUCCUCGACUUCAAAACAUACGACAAUACAAUCCAAAGCUACAAAAGAACCGACAACACUGUCAAAUUGUACCUACAUCACUACCUCCUACUACAACUUUUCCUACAACACUACCGCCUACUACAACUGUUCCUACAACACUGCCUUCUACUACAACUGUACCUACAACACUCCCCCCUACUACAACUGUUCCUACAACACUAUCUCCUACUACAACUGUAUCUACAACGUUACCUCCUAG